AUGGCGGAUCCUAGAAUUCGUAGGCAAACCUACACAGCCGCAUCGCAGCCUUCCCGCGGGGCGUAUCCGCGCGGAUCUGUUCCCCCGCAGGCGCAACGCGGGGUCGGAUCCAGGGGGAGCGGAUCCGGCCGCGCAAAUGCUGGGGGAAAUCUGGGAUCGGGGGAAAGGCAACCCGCGGAGACCGCGGAGCAGGCGGCGGAGCGGGAACUGCGCGAGCGGAGAGAGCAGGAGCGGGCGCAGGAGGAGCGGGAGAGGGAUGCGCGCGAGCGGAAGGCGCAAGCGGCGGAGCGGCUGCAGCGGGAGCAGCAGGCGGUGGUGUCUCUGGAGCGAUCGGUGCACUCUAAAGCGCGCGAUGUGGAGUCGCUGUCGGCGCAGAGCACGCAGAUGGACGAGCAGGCUUCGGCUAUAAGGGCGAGGGCGGCAGUGCUUCACGCUCACUCACUGCAAGUCAACGGCUUCGGAGCGUACCUUGGGGCUGGGAACCGCUGCCUGCCUCCCAUUGCAUGGAGCGAGCUGCCUGUGGGAAGCUUUUUGGAACGCGCGAGGCUUCAUCCGGAGGGGUUGGUAGCGGUGCUGCAGGGUUCUGUGGAGCGGAAGACGGAGGAGAUUCGGAGGGAGUGUGCGGGGACUGAUGUGGAGGAGGAGGGAACGAGACUAGGGUUUGGGGUUCAAGGGAGGUUGGGGGUGCUGCAGGGUGCUGUGGAGCGGAAGGCGGAGGAGAUAAGGAGGGAGUGUGCGGGGACAGAUGUGGGGGAGGAGGGCUCAAGACUAGGACUGGCCACCCCAACCAAGGCACCUCUCAAUGCGAGUGGGGGAGGAACUGGAAUGCUGGCUGGUGAUUGUGACAACCACAGCGGCAGCGGGUGCGGCACGUCGAAGAAUCUUUUGCGCAAGGCAGCAAAGCAUGCUUCAUUCUCGUCUGCUGACGGUGGUGGUGCUGCUGCUGCUCCUGGUGGGGCUGGUGGGAGCACAGGGCGAGGAGCAAGGGCUGGGGCAAAUCAGCAGCGACAGGCGCCACAGUCAACGCAGGAGCUGGUGCUGGCGAGACAGGGAGAGGAGAGGAGCAAGGGCUGGGGCGAAUCAGCAGCAGCGCCAGGGCCCACAGUCAACGCAGGAGCUGGUGCUGGGCUGGCGAGACAGAAAGAGUAUCGCGACCUGUGCCUGCAGACACAAGUGCUCCAAAAGAAAGUCGAGGCAGUGAGGCUGGAGGUGGAAAGUAGGACCGCUGCUGCAGCAGGCAGGCUAGGGGAUGGGGAUGGGCGAAGAGACGGGGCAGAGGAGAGGGGGAAGGAGGGACAGGAGGAGGGAGGGGCGGAGGGAGAGGAGGGAGAGGGUAGUGAGGAGGAUGUGGAGUUGGGGAUAGCUGUGGCGGAGGCAGAAUUGAGGGUACUUCAGGCAGCGGAGAAACGGCUGUCAAGUGAGGUGGCAGCAGCAGGUGCCACGAAUCGCAGGGUGCUGCAGCAGUGGGAGCGGAUCAAAGGGUUCAACGACGAGCGCAGUAAUAAGUGGGCGGAGUACGAGCUUAUAAGGAGGAUAAACCAGGCCUAUGCCCACAUGUGGUGGAACCUCACCAAUGGGCAGACCCAGAAGGCCCUGGCAGGCCACGUGGCAAAGGCAGGAAGCGCUCUGAUUGGCUCGGUCCGGGCGGCACGGGACCUCGCCACUCACGAGGUGACAGAUGGCGCGGCGCUGCCGCCCUCCUGGCUGUGCCGCCCGGUCUCCUGUAGCUUUCCGUUGCGUAUGGCUCAGUUUGUGGAUGCCAUGUCAGCAGCUGCUGACGUGGCGGCUGGCAGUGCUGCUGAGCUGGAACCCGCUGUUGCCAGCAUGGCACGGCAACUUUCCGGCUUGCAGCAGCAGGCAGAGCAGCAGCACAUGGAGGUGCUAUCGGAGUGGCUGCCUCAGCUGGCACAGCUGCAGGGGCAGGCAAGGCAGCUCGUCUCACGCACUCAUGACGCCUCUGACCUGGUCUCCCAUUGGUGGAAGCAGCCGGCCCUUGGGAUCAUCCCGUGGGUGACAGUGGAGGGGAGGAGCAUGGAGGAGUGGGCAGUGGCUCUAGAGGCAGUUCAGAUGCACAGGGAGGGGUAA